AUGGUGAACGUAUUUUAUGUUCCAGUGUUCUUCAUCGUGUUUCGAGAGACACUGGAAACAAGCAUUAUUGUUUCCAUUUUGCUCUCCUUUCUCAAGAACCAGCUUGGCCCUCAAUACGAUGUCCAAGUCUACAAAAAGCUGAGGAAGCAAGUCAGUGUCAAUACUCGAAAUGUGCCAUGCAAGAAUGAAUGGGAAAAGGCAGAAGUCCUCUGGGAAGGUAUUUUUGCCUUGAUUGCGUCUAUAAUCAUCACUUUGAUGGGGGCCGCCUUGCUUCGCGUUUCAAAGCUCCAGGCAAAGUGGCGCGUCAAGUUAGCAAAAGCUUUGGAAUCCAAGGAAGAUGAUAGUCGACGGAAAACACUCUGGGGAAGGUUCAAGAUGUGGUGCGAAAAAUACGCCAUGUUCAUGUUGCCUUUCAUCACUGUGCUGCGUGAAGGCCUAGAAGCGGUGAUAUUCAUCGGAGGUGUCAGUUUGGGCGCUACAGCGUCCGCAAUCCCAAUACCCACCGUUGCCGGACUGAUUGCAGGUGCUGCGGUUGGAUACAUGAUCUACAAAGGAGGAAACUUUGUGCCUAUCCAGGUAUUCCUCAUUGUGUCGACCUGUUUUUUGUACCUAGUUGCAGGAGGACUGUUCUCUCGAAGUGUGGGAUUCUUCGAACAGUAUAAGGUGAGACGCUAA